AUGCACAGAACAUACUCUCUGAGAAGCCAACGCGCCCCAACCGCCUCGCAGAUUGCGUCGCCCCCACCUCCGGUCUCCACCACCAAGAGCAAGUUCUUUGGUUCGGCCUCAAUCGCCUCUUCUAUCAGAAAGUCGACUGCUGGUUCUUUCGGACCAGAGCUCUCGCGCAAGCUUUCGCAGCUCAUCAAGAUCGAGAAGAACCUCGAACGUUCCAUCGAGCUCGUGGCACGCGAGCGCAGACUUGUGGCCAAGCAAUUGUCUUUGUGGGGUGAAGAAAACGAUGAUGAUGUUUCCGAUGUCACUGACAAGCUCGGAGUGCUCAUUUACGAGAUUGGAGAGCUCGAGGACCAGUUCAUUGACAAGUACGACCUGUACCGUGUUACCCUCAAAUCCAUUCGUAACAUCGAGGCCUCGGUCCAACCUUCGCGUGACCGCAAGCAAAAGAUCACUGAUGAGAUUGCCCACCUGAAGUACAAGGACCCACAAUCUCCUAAGAUUCCAGUCUUGGAGCAAGAGCUUGUCAGAGCCGAGGCUGAGUCCCUUGUUGCUGAGGCGCAACUCUCUAACAUCACCAGAGAGAAGCUCAAGGCUUCGUUUUUGUACCAAUUCGACGCUCUCAGAGAGCUCUCCGAGAAGUUUGCUUUGAUUGCCGGUUACGGUAAGGCCUUGCUCGAGCUUUUGGAUGACUCUCCAGUCACUCCAGGUGAGACCAGACCAGCCUACGACGGUUACGAGGCCUCCAAGCAGAUCAUCAUUGAUGCUGAGAACGCUCUGGCUGCCUGGACUCUGGACUCAGCUGCCGUCAAGCCAGCUCUCUCUCUCCACCAAACCGUCGACGACGUGUACGAGGAGACUGAGGAGACCGAAUGGGCCGGUGAAGCCUCUUCUUAA